AGGCGCUGGAGAGGCCUGACUUCAGGGAAUGCUCAGGUCCUCUGGGGAUCAAAGUGUGGCUUUGCCUUGUUUUACAGCCCUGGUGGUCCGCUUCCUCACCAAGAGAUUUAUUGGCGACUAUGAGGCCAACACCGGCUCCCUGUACUCUCGACAGUUCACCCUUGAUGGGGAAGAAAUCUCUCUCCAGGUUCAGGAUACCCCCUAUGUGGCCCUGGAGGAGAAUAGCGAGGUCAUCAUUUGCCAGGAGCAGGUGAACCGCUCCAUCUAUUGGGCAGAUGGCUUUGUGUGUGUCUACUCCAUCACUGAUCAUGCUAGCUACCGCAUCAUCCGGCCUCUGUACCAGCACAUCCGCAAGAUACAUCCCAAUGCCAACAUCCCCCUGCUGCUGCUGGGCAACAAGGGUGAUCUGCUUAGGGCCCGCCAAGUGUCCUCCGAUGAGGGGGAGCAGCUGGCUGGGGAGCUGGGUGGCAGCUACUCAGAGGUGUCUGCCCGGGAGAAUUUCGACAGCGUGAAUGAUGCUUUCCAGCAACUGUGCCAGCUGGUGGGCCGCGUCGGGGGUGGUGGCGGCAGCCCCAGCGUCGGCCCCAGUGCUAACGCCAAUGCCAACGCUGGUACCUGCGGCAGUGUCUGUGUGGAAAAGCGCAGGGGCCUCCACCUGGCCCGCCCCAAGUCCCCCAACAUGCAGGACCUGAAGCGGCGCCUGAAGCAGGCCCUCUCCUCAAAGAGCAGGUCCGCUACUGCCCCAGCCCCAGCCAACAGCAUAUGAAAAAAUCCUGGCAUGGGGGGGAGGUCCAGCUGGGAGUCCCCGGCUAUUUAUGGUUCUAUUUUGUGUUACUGGCCUUGUGGGUUUGUGGUUGUGUUGUGGUGUGCCCCUUGCAUGUGUGUUUAUGUUCAAUUGGGGGGGAGGGAGGGAAAUCAAGGACCCAAAGGAGAGCUCUGAGCCCAGACAGUUGAAUGCCCAUAGAUUGAGAUACCAGAGUCCUUAAUUUGGGUAAGACAGGACAGGGACCAGAGGAUUUGGAGGAGUAACAGCUGCUUUUUAUGAUAGUGAGAAAUCCCAGUCCUCACAGGAAGUUCAUGAGGUAGGUCCUACAAGGCAUUCUUCCUUGACAGAAGUAGAAACUGAGACUGAGAAAUAGCUUGCUUAAGUUAGUUACUGAGCUCCGACUUAAUCCCAGAUCUUUUAAGUCCAAGUACAGUGCUCUCUUCACUACAUCCCAACUGCCCCAUCCAUGCUUAGGGAACAUCAGUUAGCUUUAGGAGUCACCCCAAUCCUCCCCUUCCCCCCGUUUUAGAGCAGGGACAAGGUAAAUAUUACUGACUGGGAGGGUUCACUGGGGGAGGGGUGUUCCCCCACUGUUCUACAGCAAAUAGAAUGUAAGCUCCCUGAGAGCAAGGGUUAUCUCGCUUUUGUAUUUGUGUUUCCAGUGCCUGGCACGUGGUUGGUGCUUAAUAAAUGUUUAUUGAUUG